AUGCUCCUACAACAGCAGCCACAACUGAUACAACUCUAUGCUGCAGCUCCUACAACAGCAGCCACACACAGCUCCUACAAACAGCAGAAGCCACAACUGAUCAGAAGCCACAAGCUUCUUACAACAGUUCCUACAACAGUAGAAACCACAGCUGAUGCUCUUGCAUCAGCAGAAGCCACAACCCCUGCUCCUACAACAGUAAAAACCACAACCAAUGCUGCAACAACAGCAGAAGCCACAACUGAUGCCUCUAUAACAGCAGAGGCCACAACCCCUGCUCCUACAACAGUAAAAGCCACAACCGAUGCUGCUACAACAGCAGAAGCCACAACCGCUGCUCCUGCAACAGCCGAAGCCACAACCGCUACUCCUACAACAGCAGAAACCACAACUGAUGCUCCUACAACAGCAGAAGCCAGAACCCCUGCUCCUACAACAGCAGAAGCCAGAACCGCUGAUCCUACAACAGUAGAAGCCACAACUGAUGCUCCUAUAACAGCAGAAGCCACAACCCCUGCUCCUACAACAGAAGCCACAACCGAUGCUGCUUCAACAGCAGAAGCCACAACUGAUGCUCCUUCAACAGCAGAAGCUACAACAACUGCUGCUACAACAACAGAAGGCGCAACCGAUGGUCCUACAACGCCUGAAGAGACAAUAUCUGUUCAAGGAACAUCUGCUCUAAUAUCUACAUUAGUUCCGACAACUUAUGCAUCAACAGAACUUUCUCUUCCGACGACAACACCUGCCCCAAAAACACCUCUAACAACAAAAAUCGUUUUAACAACAUCUGAGGCUACAACAUCUGCUACAACUUCAGCUACAGAAUCACCUUUGACCACAACUGUUCCAACAACAGAUCCUCCAACGAGAGAUUCCCCUCUUGCCACAACAACCCCCGACACCGCCACUCCAACAUCAGCUCCAACCACGGAACCGCCUGCAACAACAUCCCUCGCCGACCUGCUCAACGCCCUGGACCAGUACAACGAUGAGCUCGCCAACAUCACCAGCGACAACAGCACCGAUAUGCUAGACGCGGCCCUCGAAGCCCUGUACGACCUGCUCGAAGUCCUGAACUCGUCCUCGACCACGACGCGCUUCGUUUUGAGAAAUAUUGAAAUCGAAGGCUGCCAGGAGAACUCAACAGUAAUAAAAGGCAAAGUUUUCGACGUCGUAAAACAGAUUGUUGACGAACUCCGCGACACAGUCCUUCAAGACCCAGGCAGAGCGAAUGCGGAGAUAAUUCAGUGCCUCGAGGAGAAGAUAUACGAACUGGCCGGCAACAUGCGCAGACUCAAAUUAAGCGAGCAGGAAAAGGCCAUCCUUAAGUGCCACGUUACCAAUGCCAUAAAUGUACUUCAGGAUUACAGAGACGGCGUUCCAAGCAGCGACUAUGAAAUACAAGAAUGUUAGUGACUUACCUGAUGGCCUCCUGGAGGAAAGAGGGCAAGUAAAGGCCGAAGAAUUACAACGCAAUUACAAGCUAAGCAGAACUUUGUUAUCACAAUUAUAUAUCAACAUUGAACCCUGGAAGCUAUUUACCUUCUGCAUAUUAUUCAACAUACUAAAAUGAUAAUAUGUAAAACUGAGGGAAGAAAAUGAAAAUAAUCCAACAAGAAAAAGAGAGAAAGGAAAAGAGUGAGAGAAGAAAAACAUUGUAUAAAAUUCUGAAAUAAUAAUCAAAAUGUGGAAAGAUCAGGAAGAAAGAAAAAGAGAAAAUGUGAAUGAAUAUAAAGGAAAUAAAAGAAAUAAGAACUGGCAUGACAAAUUACAUUAUCACUAGUUGCUAUCAUUAUUAUACCUUUCACUUUUAUUACGAUUAUUAAAGCAAUAAAUGUUACUGUUGCUGUCAUUAUUUAUUAUAACUAUUAUUACCAUCAAUAUUAUCAUUAUUAGCAAUUUUAUUAUUUCGGAUAUUACUGAUAACUAUCAUAGUUAUGAGUAUUAUCAUUAGUUCUGUCAUUGUCAUUGAUAUUAUUACUAUUAUAAAUAUCAUCAUAACAUUUAUGAGGAUUGACAAUUAUCAUGCGAGCACUACCACAGAUUUAAAACACACACACGAACACUGACACUCACACACACAUACAAAUCUAUGUUCUUUAAAAAAAUUCUAAAUAUUUAAUAAUGAAAAUGUUUUGUUUUAUAUAUGCUGACAUCAAAUUGGUAACUGCUUCCAUCGAAUAAAAUAUCAUAAAAGUGAAAA